UACCAAAGACUCCUGGCCCAAAGAUCCCGUCCUUAAAUACGCUACCUACCGAGGGCCGUGGCCUCUUCUUUUCCAUUUCGCUUCCUCGCCCGGACCCGAAGGGGUGGUUAUUAUUACGACUGCGCCCUCUCCCGUCUCGUUUCUCCCCUCCCUCUUUCGCCGCGCGGCGGCACCCGAAGAAGAGAAGAGAAGUGAAGAGAAGACGAGGCGGCGGCGGCAGCAGCGAGGUGGGGAGAACGAGGCGGCCAGAGGAGACGAUGCGAUCGGAUGAGGAGGAGGAGGAGGAGGAAUCCGGCGCCGGGAUCGGAGCAAGAAAGAGAAGAAGGCCAACCACCAGCAGCGGCGGCGGCUUCGGCAACGGCCGGCGGUGGUGAUGGCGUUGCAGAUGACCUGGCAGCAGCGGGGCAUGCAGCGCCGCAAGGCCGGGCCCCCUCUCGGCCUCAAGAACCUCGGCAACACUUGCUACCUCAACAGCGUCCUCCAGUGCCUCACGUAUACUCCUCCCCUCGCCCAAUUCUGCCUCGCCUCUCAACACUCUUCCCUCUGCAAGUCAGUGUUCACGAACCGGGACAAGGAGUGCCCGUUCUGCAUCCUGGAGUGGCAAAUCGCCCGAUCCCUCAGCCUGGACGGGCCCCUCGAGCCGCCCUCCAAGAUCCAGAAAUUCCUCACCCUCUUCGCCGAGCACUUCCGCUGGGGCCGCCAGGAGGACGCCCACGAGUUCCUCCGGUACGUCAUCGACGCCUGCCACAACACCUCCCUCAAGCUCCACAAGCGCCUCGCCGCCAUCUCCGGCAAUGCCCCCAAUGGGAUCCCCAAGCCAGCGGCGGAGCGCUUGGGGGAGGCAGCGGAGGGGGCCGGCACGGUGAUGAUGGAUAUUUUCGGCGGUGCGCUGCUCAGCCAGGUGAAGUGCCUCACCUGCAAGGGGGAGUCCAACAAGACCGACGAGAUCAUGGAUAUCAGCCUCGACCUCUUCCAAAGCAACUCCUUGAAGGAUGCCCUCGCUCGAUUCUUUCAGCCUGAGGUUCUUGACGGCAACAACAAGUAUAGCUGCGGCAAGUGUAAGAAGCUAUCUGUGGCCAGAAAGCAGAUGUUCAUUCUUAGAGCACCUAAUGUACUUGUCAUCCAGCUGAAGAGAUUUGAGGGCAUACAUGGUGGGAAGAUCAAUCGGAACAUUGAAUUCGAGGAGGUUCUACUUCUUUCAAAGUUUAUGUACAAUGCAACUCAGGAUUCGCAGCCUGAAUAUAACCUUUUUGGCAGCAUCGUUCAUUCAGGUUUCUCACCUGAGUCUGGACACUAUUAUGCAUACAUCAAGGAUGCUUUCGGUCGCUGGUAUUGCUGUAAUGAUGCUCAUGUUUCACUUUCAAGCACACAGGAGGUUUUGUCUCAGAAAGUCUAUAUCUUGUUCUAUGUACGCAGUAAUCAAAGCCCACGAUCUAGCAAAACUAGUUCUCCCUGCAAUUUUAUGAAGUCUUUGGAUUCCAAUGGAAGUGGUGUAUUACUAAGCAGUAAGUCUGCGGAGGGUUUGAAGCCUCCGAUAAUAAAGCCAAAUGGGGUUUCUUCUGUUAAAAGUAAUGGUUCCAUUAUGUUGAAGAAUGGUAAGAUAUCACAAAAUCCACAAAUCAAGAACAUUAACUUGAAGAACCUCGGGAUAAAAAGAGCCAUUUCAAAUGGUAAUGACAGCACUGAAGUGUGUAAUAGUGUUUCUGCUCCAAAGGAUUCUAAGGCACCUAAAUGUAGCUCUUCCAAUGAAACUAAAGUUAUGCAUAAGGUUGAGGUGUCAUCAGAACCUUAUAAUAAUGCUGCUGAUGAGAGCAUUUCUUCUAAUUCGGUGACAUAUGGUAGUGCACAGACAUUGUCAGUACCAGAUGGAAAUGGGUGUUUUAGUAUUUCGAAAGUGGAAGUACACAAGGACAAUGGUGUCCAAGGUGUGGAAGCUGUGAGAAAAGAUCUUGAUUGUGACAAUUCAUCCAGCCGCAUGAUUACUAAAUGCCACUCUGGUGUCUCAGCAUUUAAGAGAAAAUCAUGUGAUAGUGACAGAGUUGAAAAUUCAGUACAACAUACCAAACAGUCUAGCAAUUUGUCCAGGGAAGAUGUUUUAUUCAGGACUCGGAGUACAUGUUUUAAAGAGCAGUUUAUAGGGGAACUUGAAAAGUUUAAAGAAGUGCUUGCUAAAGAAGCCCGUUCAGAGCUACAAACAUGUGGUUGGGUUCAUGAAGUGGAUAAUUUCAUGCGCACCAGAAAGAAGUCAUAUUUACAAGCAGCUAUGGAUGAUCAUGUUAAUGGUUCUAUAAAGAGGCACUUGGUACUUGAUGCUAGGAAGACCUUUAACUCCCAAAUUCCAGAAUCAGUAAGAGAGCACUUCAUUAAACGUUUCAAAUCAUUUAGUAAUGGGAAAUUAUUAUGGGACACUUAGUCCCACUGAUGAAGGCUGUCAUAUCAAUUGAAGAGAAGUCCUUAAAUAGGCAUUAAUUUUGCUGUCCUUUGGUUGCUGCUGGACUGGAUGUAUGGUCUGUAUUGUCUUUAUCCAAAAUUCAAUCCCAAUUUUCUUUUGGAAUGCAGAAACUGCUGGAACAUGUGAGAAACCUCAUUGACUUCAUCACUACAUCUGUCAGUGCUAUUUACAUUUUUGAGGCUGAUACUUUUAUUUGCGAGAAGAGAUUGAGUGCAAAGUUACAGUGCUGUGUAAGAUAUCUUUUUUGUCAUGUUGCUGAUGCUCAAUUCAUAGAGGCAGAGUUUCUCUCCUUUUUCCCUUUUCUAAUUCCAACGAGGAUGGAACACAGUAUCUUAAAUAUAAUUACGUUUAUUGAGUUACAUGAACUAUGCAGGUUUUGGCUUAUCUCUAC